GUCCUUUGCCCAUUUUUAAACUGGGCGGUUUGGUUUUUGUUGUUGUUAAGUCGGCAAAUGUGUUUUUGAUCUAGAUUGAGAAAUCCUUACCCGGAGACUCUGAAGCAGUUAGCAGCCACAGUAACGGCUGCAUGACUGAGCUCUGACUAUGCCACAGCCUUCCAAGUAAAUGUCGCUUAAUACUCACAACAACCACACAGUUCCCCACAAAGGAAAUGAAUUUGCAGAUGGCCAGCAGCUCCAUGUCACACAGCAAUGACACUGACAUAAAUGGCUCUUGAGGGCAAGGACUGGCAGGGCCUGGCUACAGAUAUGGGGACUCACGUUGAGGUGGCACUGUCACCUGGAGCAGCACACUGGAGUCACCUGGGACCAGCCUCCUAGAAGUCCAGAUGCGCCCGCCUGCCAGAAAUUCUGAGCUCCGAGAUUUUUCAAAACUCCUAGGUCCAGCGGUUUUCAGCAACAGCGGGCACAUUAGCAUCACCCCAGGACCCUGAAAAAGCCGGUUGGCCCAGGCUGCCCUCGCCCAGACCAAUUCAUCAGAACCUCUUGGGGCGGGGCGGGGCUGGGAGGGGGAGCGGCAGCCGUGGUAUCAAUAUUUUUGAAAACUGCCUGAAUAACUCCAACGCCCAAGCAAGUCAAGGACCCCCACGGAUUCAGCACCGCGACCAGAUUGGAAAAGGUGUAAGUUGGUGCUGCUUGUUCGCGUCCCUGUUUGAUUGGUUGGUCGACAACUUCUGCAUUUGCGAAGGGUGCAGCAUCCCUCGCUGUCUCAUGUAUGAGAUUUACGUGGAGACCUGUGGGCAAAACACUGAGAACCAAGUCAACCCGGCCACCUUUGGGAAGCUUGUGAGAUUGGUUUUUCCGGACCUUGGCACUCGGAGGCUGGGCACUAGAGGAAGCACCAGGUAUCAUUAUGAUGGAAUCUGUAUCAAGAAAAGCUCUUUCUUCUAUGCCCAGUAUUGCUACCUGAUAGGUGAAAAAAGGUAUCACAGUGGAGAUGCCAUUGCCUUUGAAAAAUCUACUAAUUGUAACAGCAUUAUCCAACAAGAAGCAACAUGUGAAGAUCAUUCACCGAUGAAGACAGACCCAGUUGGAUCCCCUUUGUCUGAAUUCGGGAGAUGUCCAUUUUUGGAGCAAGAACUGGCAAAGAAAUAUUCCUGUAAUACGAUGGCCUUCCUUGCUGACGAAUACUGCAACUAUUGUCGAGACAUUUUACGAAAUGUGAGGAACCAAGAACUUGAGAGGGUGGAGGACUUGCUUACUUCCUUCUGGAAGUCUCUGCAGCAAGACACAGUCAUGCUGAUGUCAUUGCCUGACGUGUGCCAGCUCUUUAAAUGCUACGACGUCCAGCUGUACAAGGGAAUUGAGGAUGUUCUCCUUCAUGACUUCUUGGAAGAUGUUUCUAUUCAGUACCUGAAAUCUGUGCGGUUAUUUAGUAAGAAAUUUAAGCUGUGGCUUCUUAGUGCUUUGGAAAGUGUCCCAGCCCUCUUGCAGAUCUCCAAACUCAGAGAAGUUACUCUAUUUGUCAAAAGACUAAGAAGAAAGACGUACCUUUCCAACAUGGCUAAGACUAUGCGAAUGGUAUUGAAAAGUAAGAGGCGUGUCAGUGUUUUGAAGUCAGAUCUGCAGGCCAUCAUCAAUCAAGGCACUUUGGCUACUUCUAAGAAAGCCCUGGCAAGUGACCGGAGUGGUGCAGAUGAACUGGAGAACAACCCAGAGAUGAAAUGUUUAAGAAACUUAAUUUCUUUGCUGGGAACAUCAACAGAUCUCAGGGUAUUCCUCAGCUGUCUGUCUUCACAUCUACAAGCAUUUGUGUUCCAGGGCUCUGCUCUGGAACCAUCUCCAUGGAAGACAGAGAAAGACCAGACAUUGGCCCGUCAUUUCAUCUUCCUCUUCUCUGGCUCUUUAAAAAUGGUGUGCAUGACAAUGUGUGCAUUUGAAAACAUACUCUGCUUCUGGAUUUUAUCACAAACUGCAGCCUUUUUUCUCACAAAAACUUCACAGCCAAGCAGAAGCAAAGAAGAGUUUAUCAAAUUGGCCGCCAGCUUCCAGCUGAGAUGGAAUCAUCUUCUCACUGCUGUGAGCAAAGCCAUGACCCUCUGCCACGGAGAUAGUUUUGGCUCCUGGCAUCUGUUUCACUUGCUGCUUUUGGAAUAUGUGAUUCAUAUACUUCAGUCAUGCCUAGAGGAGGAAGAGGAGGAGGAGGACAUGGGGAAUGUCAAGGAAAUGCUACCAGAUGACCCGACUCUCAGCCAGCCAGAUCAGGCACUUUCCCACCCUCUGAAUUCCUCACUGUCGCAGGCGUGUGCCAGCCCCAGCGUGGAGCCACUGGGGGUGAUGCUGACACACAUGGGCCACGGCCGAUAUCCCGUGGGUGUGAGCAACAUGGUCCUCAGGAUCCUGGGCUUCUUGGUGGACACUGCCACGGGCGAUAAGCUCAUCCACGUGCUGUUGGAAGAUGAAACCACCGAAAGCGCAGUUAAACUCAGCCUUCCUAUGGGACAAGAAGCCCUCAUAACCCUAAAAGACGGACAACAAUUUGUGAUUCAGAUAUCAGAUGUACCCCAAAGCUCUGAAGAUAUUUAUUUCAGAGAAAGCAAUGCUAAUGUGUGAGAUUAUUUAUUUGAAUAGAGAAUAAGAAAACUGAUAGACUUGCAUUCUUAAAAAUAUUAAAUACUACAGUUUUUCUAUUGAUGAAAGACGAUGUUAUGUAUAUAAUAGAUGUAGCAUUGUCUAUUUUAUGUUUGUAUGUAUUUCAAGGAGGUGGUUUUGAUAAAAUAUAUAAACUGAUUUGGAGAAUAA